AUGUUGAUUGUAGAUGGGAUGCGUCUGAGAAUGAACUCGAUUAUAGAGCUGUGUGUACUUCCAGACAUGAACGUCCACAGCAGAAUGGUUGAUUUAAGUAGGCAAGUGAGCAAGCCUGUGUUCUUUGACACAGUUGGAAAUCUUAGAUUCGUGGCUGACGCCCUAUACAUUUUGAGCUAUAGAAAGCUCAUAAAGGCACUUCUGUCACUAAGGUCGAGGAGGGGAUUUGUGCUUUUCAUGGACUCCAUUUCGUUUCUUGCAGACAAGUCUGUGACGAACCUUCAGAGGGUCUAUAACGUCUUGUGGAUGUUGAUAUACGAGAACGAUGCCACUAUUGUUGUAUCGAAUCAUUACAAGAUUGUUAGCAGCAUGGGCGGUGUUAAAUUUGUGCCCAGGCUUGGACAAAGAUGGAAGAUGAUGGUUAGCCACAGAGUGAUGUAUGAGUAUGAAGGGAAUAAGGUUGUUGCAAGAGUCUAUAGCGAUAAGUUGUUUGAGUGA